CUCAGUAGUUAAUCAAAGGAAGCAACCAAGAAGCCACCCCUUCAAUGGCCAACCCACCGCCGGAACCCGAGCUAUCGACCCAUCAUCUUACCGUCCCAUCCGGCGUGAACCAGGAUGAGUUCUCCGAGUUAGUCCCCUACAUCACUGAGUUCCACACGUACCCAGUGGGUCCUGGCCAAUGCUCUUCCCUCCUCGUCCAACGCAUCCACGCCCCAGGGGACGUUGUCUGGUCCAUCGUCCGCCGCUUCGACAAGCCCCAGACCUACAAGCACUUCAUCAAAAGCUGCAGCGUCGAAGAAGGCUUCCAAAUGACCGUGGGGGCCACGCGUGACGUCAACGUCAUCUCCGGUCUCCCCGCCGAUACCAGCACGGAGAGGCUCGAUAUCCUGGACGAUGCCCGCCACGUUUUCGGGUUCAGUAUCAUCGGUGGGGAGCACAGGCUGAGGAAUUACAGGUCGGUGACGACGGUUCACGGGUUCGAGCGUGAGGGGAGGAUCUGGACCCUGGUUUUGGAAUCAUACGUGGUGGACGUGCCGGAAGGGAAUACCGAGGAGGACACGCGGUUGUUUGCGGAUACAGUCGUCAAGUUGAACCUGCAGAAGCUUGCGGCCGUCACCGAAAACAAGGCGCGUGAAGGUGACGGGAAUAAAUAACAGAAUUUGGGAUAAAGAGUGGUGGGUGCAGAAUUUGUGGUACAAAUUAAAAAUUCAAAUUUGAUCCAACAAAUCAGGAUGAAAUCUUUCAAAAAUUAUUCUCAGGUAAUGGAACUAAACUAUUGUUUUAACCAUUGUUUCAACUUUCAAACUACAAUUCAGUAACCAAAUUACCUCUUUCUUUUUUUUUUUUGUAAGUUUCUAUCUGAAAUUAACAAGAAAAAUGAAGAAGAUGUGUGAAA